CCCAAACCCCCACAUGGCAGUAGCGUUAGCCAGGGCGGCAUGGGGGGUUUUCAGCUUUCGAUCUUGAGCACUGCAACCGCGUCGCCUCUCAUGUCGCGUUGUUGACUACGACGGUCCUACGCAUUUACUGUCUCAGAACUUACUGAGUAUAUAUUGUAUAUCCUCUCUCAAAACCCGUUGGCGUAGAAGGCCAAGAUGGAGCCUCGUUCAGCCUCAGAAGGCGGGGCUCAUAUCGUAGAUCAGGUCGAGCCAGCGAAUAAGCAAACACAAUGCUCUGGGGAAGAUGAAUAUGCGCAACCGGUCCCCCUGGCGCAGCAAGCGCAGCCCAGGUUUUUAAGUAAUAGCAGCAAGGUGCCAAUGUCUGGGUACCAAAGCCCGUUAAGGCAGCAUCAACGAACUCCUUCUAUGCACCAGCCGGUCAAGGAGACACCCAACGCUCGGUCAGAGUACAAAAACAGUGAAGAUGAUGGGAAAUCCCAGCACCACAUCAACCAGUAUAUUAUUGGGGAGGAGAUUGGGCGCGGGUCUUUUGGCUCAGUGCACCUUGCUGCUGACCAGUAUGGAAACGAAUAUGCAGUCAAGGAGUUCUCAAAGUCCAGGUUAAGAAGGCGUGCGAGAUCCAACUUUCUCCGCCGCCCCCAUGCCGCAUUCCGCUCUGGCAAGUCGCCUACAGGCAGCGGUCUUAAUUCCCCUCUUCACCAUAAUCCCAUGCCAGGCAUUGGAGGUGAUGGACCGGAAGGCUCACUGCAUCUGAUCAAGGAAGAGAUUGCCAUCAUGAAGCAGCUCCAUCACCCAAAUCUCGUGUCCUUGAUUGAGGUUCUGGAUGAUCCUGAGGAAGAUUCCCUUUACAUGGUGCUGGAGAUGUGCAAAAAGGGGGUCAUAAUGAAAGUUGGGCUGGGAGAAAGGGCAGAUCCUUACGACGGGGAGAGCUGCAGGUACUGGUUCCGGGAUAUGAUAUUGGGCAUCGAGUUUCUUCACGCGCAGGGAAUUGCCCACCGGGAUAUCAAGCCAGAUAACCUCCUCCUCACGGCAGACGACGUGUUGAAGGUUGUGGAUUUUGGUGUUUCGGAGAUGUUCGAGAAGGAUCCGGAAAUGAUGACAGCCAAAUCAGCUGGGUCUCCUGCAUUUCUGCCUCCGGAGCUUUGUGUAGUGAAGCAUGGCGAUGUCUCGGGUCGAGCAGCAGAUAUCUGGUCGAUGGGAAUCUCGUUAUAUUGCUUACGUUUUGGGCAUAUACCAUUCGAGAAGACUGGCAUUCUGGAGUUGUACGAGGCCAUCAAGAAUGAUGAGGUCGAUUGCACACAAGUUGAUGAUCCGAACUUUGUCGACCUGAUUCAUCGCAUCCUCGAGAAGGACGCAAAGAAGAGGAUAACUAUGGACGAGCUCAGGGAACACCCUUGGGUGACAAAAGAUGGCACUGACCCUCUCCUGUCCAAGGAAGAGAAUGUUUCGGACCUUCUCGAGCCUCCGACACAGAUUGAGAUGAAUCAUGCCAUCACCUCCAACAUCGGAGGUCUCCUCAUCGUCAUGAAAGCGGUCAACAAGUUCAAGAGCCUGUUGUACAAGAAGCACCCCGAGCGGGCAGGGACCCUCUUCGGCGGACACAAACAACUGUUUCAGCCGCCCGCACAAAUGCACGAGUCGGAUUUCGAAGCGAAGCAUGGGGCUCAACGGACGAAAUCCAAACGUCAAGACCACUUCUCUACUAUCACAAGCACAAAGAGCUUUCCAGACGAACACGACCUACCCGACGCCGUGACAUCCGAGCCGGGCCAGGCGACCGAAACCUCGUCCACCUCCAACCCCCUAGACUCCGCCGCCCCGCAUGCCAACAACAAUGACAACAACAACAAAUCCCGCACCUCCCCCCCGCCAACCUUCACUACCACCACAACCACCACUCCCUCCCCCCUACCCUCCCCCUCCGGCCGCGGCCAGGCCCACGACCCCCUCGACGAAGCACCUCUCUACCUCCGCGUUGGCUCAGGCCACGCUGACCACCCCGACACGGACAGCGACAGCAUCGCCCAGUCCCCCGCCGCAGCCGAGUUCAACAUCUACGACAAAGCGUACCGCGAGGAAGUCGCGCGGAUAAGGGGUGUGAGUGAGAGCACGCUGGUGUACCUCAACAGACGGGUGAGCGCGUGGGAUUCAGCCAAGACGGGCGGGAGGGCCGCGCCGGGUGGUAGUGGUGCUGCUGAUCCUGGUGCUGCUGAUCUUGAUUCAGCUGCUGUUUCUGAUCCUGCUACUACCACAACUGCUCCUGCUGCUGUUGCUGAUGGUGCCGGUGGUGCUCCUGAUGACGCGAAAUCCGCCACACCGUUCUCCGCGGCGCAACCGGCGAAUCAGGCACCAGGAGAGACGCACGAGGCGUAGCGAGCGGUCCCUGAGCGCGCGGGUAAUGUGGCACGAGCGCGAGCUGUGUUGGACGUUGGACGUUGGACAUGUGUGAUCGGCGCUUGAGCUAGGAGCGGGCAGACAGGGGGAGCUUUCUUCUCACCUCUACACCUUGCUGCUGCUGCUGCCGUUGAAGCUCUUGCUGCAGCAUUGUCAUAGCUCCAGAAGCAUGGAAGCGGGGAUCGGCACACCUUGGAGCUUACUGGAACUUGCUUUCAUGCCGGCGGUUUGGGAUCGAUGCCGGUGUGUGUGCUGCGGGUCGGUUGAUACCGGAGCGGUUUCGGGGAGGGUUGUUUCCUUGUUAUUUGGCCCCGGCGGUGUGGCGGCGGG